AUGGAACUGCCAAUCGUUUUAGUGGUGAAGAUUGAUAACAUCAGUAGGGAUUUCCAGAGGCGUGAAAUAACAUCAAGGCAUGGAAAUUAUGAAAGACCUCGCGGGCAUAGGUCUCGUAGUCGAUCCAGUUCUCUUCCUAUUGAUCGUAAUUUAUUGAUGACUUGGGACUAUGACGACUAUGUUCAACAAGUUAGUCGUGGUAUGCGACCAAAUAUGUAUGGUGACUUGGGAAGUCGAGUUGCCGGUCCAAGUGCUUAUUUACAAAUUCCCCAAAGUCAUGAAAAUGAUCUGAAAUACGAAGAAAAAGUAGAUGCGUUUUUACGUGGUAUUGGAUCACGUCCAAAAGUUGCAGGACAUGAUCACCACUACUCACGCAGUCCUAGCCGUAGCUGUUCAUAUAGUCCACCUCCACCUCAUCCCCACAACCGUCGUCGUGAAUAUUGCAGGGGUUCAUCAUCCUACUCCAGAUCCAGGUCUCCUUCCGGUCCAAGCAUACUUUUAUCCAAGGUUCGACGUGGAGAGAUAGAUCCUGAUGCUUACCGUCACCGCCCACCAUCUCAAUAUUUAUCUCCUCGUAGGAGAGACCAUACAUGUUCUCACAGCCGCUCUCCUGCAAGCUUCGGUCGUGAACUUCCAGCACAAUGGAGAAAGCCUUCACAGGCUUCCGUAGCUCAUUCAACUGGAAAUAGACAACGACACCAGCAAAUAGAGGGGCGAGUUCCUUCACACCAAGCACGAUCCCCUCGUGUUGUCUCAAGUGGAGGGUCACGAACGUACACUACAAGCAAUCGUCAUCACAAAUAG